CACCAUCAGUUGCCUUCUCUUGUCGGGAAUGAGAGCGCUUACCCAGUUUCUUAGUGUAAUGGAUUACCCGUUUCUCCGUAUACUUUGACACAUUUUACUCGUUUACAAACCACCUUUAGUACAUUUGUUUCUGGUAUCUCGUUUUUUAUGGGGAUCAGAGAGUUUCGUAAUAAAAGGAACCGUUCAACUUUCUUAGGGAUGCGGAGAUCUCCUAAUGUGAGCCCCAGAAGGCUGUCAGAUAUCAGCCCUCAGCUACGGCAGCUGAAAUACCUGGAUGUGGACGAAUCGAUCAAAGAGGAUUUAAAAUCUUCCAGGUCUGUGGAAGACAUAAACAGCGCGUCCAUCGGACUAACUUCCAUCGAGGAGAGGAUUUUAAGGAUCACAGGGUACUAUGGGUAUCAGCCGUGGACUGCAAUUUACACCAGAGAUGAGCGCCCUCGUGAAAACCUGACGCCAGCAGAAGCGCAGGCCCCGGCUGCGCCAGACACCGGAGGGCAGAGAGUUACCCGCUGCUGCCUCAAGCUGACCGCCAGUCAAGCCAGGAAGAUCUGCUGGGGGGUAGCGGUGCUUCUGGGUGUGUGCUUGUCCUGGACUGGCUCCACACAGCUCGCCAAACUCGCGUUCAGGAAAUUCGACGCCCCUUUCACCCUGACUUGGUUUGCAACGAACUGGAACUUCUUAUUUUUCCCACUCUACUACAUCGGUCAUCUGUACACAUCCACAGAGAAGCAGUCUCCAAAGCAAAGAUACAGAGAAUGCUGCAGGUUUUUUGGUGACGAUGGAUUGACUGUGAAGGUGUUCUUUACAAAGGUGGCCCCUUUUGGUGUUUUAUGGACAUUGACCAACUAUCUGUAUUUACACGCACUGAGGAAAAUAAACACAACAGACGUGUCUGCACUGUUCUGCUGCAACAAAGCCUUCGUGUUCUUGCUUUCCUGGAUUGUUCUACGGGACAGAUUCAUGGGAGUAAGGAUUGUUGCAGCAAUACUUGCUAUUGCAGGUAUAGUGAUGAUGACCUACGCUGAUGGAUUUCAUAGCCAUUCAGUUAUUGGCAUUGCACUAGUUGUUGGAUCUGCAUCAAUGUCAGCUCUGUACAAGGUGUUGUUUAAACUCAUCCUGGGCAGUGCCAAGUUUGGAGAAGCAGCCCUGUUCCUUACAAUACUGGGAGGAGUUAACUUUGUGUUCUUCAGCUUCAUCCCUGUCAUACUGUACUUCACCAAAGUGGAAUACUUUGACUCGACUGACGCUGUUCCCUGGGGGUAUCUCUGUGGGGUCUCCGUCUUGUUGCUGACCUUUAACAUCCUGGUAAACUUUGGCAUAGCUGUCACCUACCCCACACUAAUUUCCCUUGGCAUUGUCUUAAGUGUACCUGUAAAUGCUGUUGUGGAUCACUGCACCAGUGAAAUAAGCUUCAACACCGUCCGCGUGAUUGCGGUGCUCACCAUCAGCCUAGGAUUUCUGUUGCUGCUCUUACCAGAGGAAUGGGACCAGUGGAUCAUUAAAAUUCUGGCUCGGCUCAAAGUGCGGAAAAAGGAGGAAGCAGCCGAGGGGAAUGGGGAAGCAGGACCAGGACUCAGCUGGAGUAGACGGGCCCGAUCUUCAAUGUCGAACUUUACUCAUUGAUGUCAAUCUAUCGUGAACGUCUCCAAAUGCUACUGUCCAACAACAACAACAAAAAUGGCGUGAUUUUACAUUUCUUCUUACCAAACGAAGGAAAAAAGCACAUGCAUUGUUUAUUGUGUACAGCUCUGUGCAUGUUGUCGUAUUGCCCGAAAUUUCACUGACUAUCACUGGGACUAAUGUUGUGCUUUUUUUUUUUUUUUUAAGAAAUUGGAAUGCAUUUGUAAAAAGGACGGUCAUUUCUGGUGACUUCGAUUGGAAUAGCAAAUUUAAAUACUUUUUUUAUAUUAUUAUUAUUAUUUUAUUUGUAACCACCAGGAGGCACUCACACAUUAUGAGCUGUUACCAUAGUUUCUUCUGAUGUGGUCGGAAAAGGGUUUCUGAUACUCGGGAUCUGCCAAAUGUUGGGAAAUUGGCAUGGGUUAGCCUGCUGAGUCUUUGCAAACAUGAUAAGCUAGUGACUUAUGAAAUACAAGGGUUAUGAAAUAUGUAAAUACUGCUUUCAUUUGAGUCCUUGGAAGGAAGGACCCUUUGUGCAAUACCAGGGUCGAUCAUAUUGUAAUUAUUUAAACGCCGGCACUAUUUAGAUUCCCUGUAUUGAUCCCGAUGCUGAUUGUCAGAACUGAUUACUUCAAGAUGGAAUUUGCACCAUUUCUUUUGAAAGAAAAAAUGGUAAUGUUUGCAACCCACACAGACAAAAAAGAAUGGUCACCUGCUCACUGGAGUAAAAAAGCUUUCAUGAAUAUGGGCGUCACAAACUAGAAGUGUUUCUAAAGCAAUACAGCUCCACCUAAUGGUGGAAACAGAAAUGUGCAGUAUUUGUACAUCUUGCAGUUACAUCCCAAUUUAAAGAAAAAUGAUUGUGGGAUUCCAGCUAUAUAAACGAUGUUGCU